AUGGCUCGGUGGACGAUGUGUUUGUUGGCGUUGUUGGUGGUCGGGGUACUUGCUCAUCCAGAGCCGGUAGCUCCACAGGAACAAUAUCCACCCGUCCCCGUGAGCCAAGAAAAUCUGGAGAUGCAAAAAAAUCUUUUAUUCUUAUAUGUACAUCCACACGAGCCACUUAUUCUUCCCGAGCAACAGGAAAUCGCAAACACAUGGGACCUGUUAAAGAACAUUGACAAAUAUAAUAACGCCACGGCAGUCCACGUGUGUCAAAUAUUGAUCAACGAUGAAUGGGUGCUCCCACAGGGUGUGCCUUUCACAGUACUGCAACCGGACCAAAGGUGGCAGGCAAUUGCCCUCUUCAACUUAUUGUACUCCGCUAAGACUGUAGAUACUUUCUACAAAACAGCUGUAUAUCUGAGAGCCCAUGUCAACGAGUAUAUGUUUAUUUACGUCGUAUCUGUUGCUAUCCUACACAGACCAGAUACACAAGGGUUCAUUGUACCCCCAUUAUAUGAAAUUUUCCCUUCGUAUUUCAAUAACAUUGCAAUUAUGACUACCGCUCAGAGAAUCAAUACCCACCACCAAAACUUCAUAGAGCAUUACCCGAAUACGUACGUUAGGGACAAUGCUGUCGUCAUCCGAAGAAAUGCUACUUUAUGGGGUUAUGACACAACUAAGAACAUGCUCGUAGCCUACUUUACUCAUGACUAUUCCCUUAACAAUUUCUACAAUAAUAUGCAUCUUUUGUAUCCAUCUUGGCUUGGUGGCUCAACCGUGCCUUUGGUGAAAGAUCGUCGAGGCGAAUGGUUCUUGUUUAUCCAUAAACAAAUUCUAGCCCGUUAUUAUAUGGAGAGAUUGAGUAACGGUCUUGGAGAGAUCCCUGUAUUGGGUACGAGCGUAGUUAAGGAAGGAUAUCCGUGUGGUCUUCAAUAUUAUAGUGGUAUUCCUUUCGCCUCAAGACCGAACUAUUAUUACCUAGAGCAGCCCGAUUUCGUUGAUGACAUUACUUAUAUUCUCGAAUACGAAAGUCGCAUUCAAGAAGCCAUUGACCAAGGAUAUAUUUUGACCCCAACUGGUCAACAUGUUGACAUUAGUCAACCAGAUGCUAUUGAUGUAAUUGGCCGCAUUAUUCAAAGUGGUGUUGAUUCGCCUAACAGCCAAUACUAUAAAGAUUUUAUCAGCAUUUGGAAAACUCUUCUUGGUAACUCUGAAGUUUUCAGCACUAUGACUCCGAAGGGAACUUCGCUUGUGGUUCCAUCAUGCCUGGAACAACACGGAACUAACCUUCGUGAUUCAGCUUUCUAUAUGAUAUAUAAGAGAGUGCUGAAAAUUGUUGAAUCAUGGAAAGAACAGCUUCCUCCAUACACACAAGAAGAACUUGGCUUGCCUGGAGUUGUAAUAAAUAAAGUAGAGGUCGACAAGCUAGUCACAUACUUCGAGCAUACUUACAUGAAUGUGUCCAACCACCUAUAUACAACUGUGUCCAAGAGACAACACUUACAUGAGGAUCAAGUUGUGUUAGUGGAGCACAAUCGUCUUAACCACAAAGUCUUCAGUGUUCGCGUCCAUGUCAACAGCGAUGCGCCUAAAAACGUUGUUGUACGUUUAUUCCUUGCUCCCAAAUAUGACAGUCUAGGUAACGAGAUCCCUCUGGAAAUCAACAGCCAAAACUUCUUCCUGUUCGAUCAAUUCCUGUACACAUUAAAACAAGGAGAGAAUGUAAUCACUCACUCAUCAAAUGAGAACCAGUUUGCCACAAACGACCAGACUUCCUUUCACAAAAUGUAUGACAAAAUUGUAAACAGUUUGAGUAGUCACGACCAGUUCUUAUACAAGAUAGAUCCAAUCGAUCACUUCCCUCAGCGACUUCUUCUUCCUAAAGGUCGCGUCGGCGGCAUGCCUUACGUAGUGAUGGUCCACAUAUCCCAGUACAACGCACCCAACGUCGUGUACGGCACCGGUUUCAAUCCAAGCCUCUCCCUCGGCGUUGGCUCUGGUGCUCGUCGGAUGACCAGCGAUCCUCUCGGUUUCCCUGUCGACAGGCCGCUCCGCAAUUGGCAAGUGCAGAAGCUCCAUAACAUAUGGUUCGAGGAUGUGCUAAUUCAUCAUAAACAUACUCCCGAAGUCAUCGUGGAUCACCUCGAGUGAGAAGACUGUUUCAAAUACUUCCGAUGCUCCACAACAAACGGUCGAUCGAGAGAACUAAUUAGUCGUAAAUAUGGAAGCUUACAUUAGCACUUCGCCCCACCGUUACUUCAAAGCAUCGAGAAGGAACGAAUGUAUUUAAGUAUAUAUCUUAUUAGUGUAUGUAUUAGAUGUUUAUAUUAAUCAUUAUUACUUAUAAUAGAAGAAAUAUAUUUAUGCUGUGCAUUUGCAAAAAAAGAUGUUGUUUCAUU